AUGGCAAUGGCCCUGACUGUCUCACUCUCAGCCACGGAGCUGCUCCUGGCCUCUGCCAUCUUCUGCCUGGUGUUCUGGGUGGUAAGGGCCAUGAGGCCUCGGGUCCCCAAAGGCCUGAAGAGUCUGCCGGGGCCCUGGGGCUGGCCCCUGCUGGGGCACAUGCUGACCCUGGGCAAGAAUCCACACCUGGUACUGACACAGCUGAGCCAGCGCUAUGGAGAUGUGUUUCAGAUCCGCCUUGGCUCCACGCCCGUGGUAGUGCUCAGUGGCCUGAACACGGUCAAGCAGGCGCUGGUGCGGCAGGGUGACGAUUUCAAGGGCCGGCCGAACCUCUACACCUCCUCCUUAAUCACCAAUGGCCAGAGCAUGUCCUUCAGCCCAGACACGGGGCCCGUGUGGGCUGCCCGCAGGCGCCUGGCCCAGGACUCCCUGAAGAGUUUCUCCCUGGCCUCUGACCCUGCGUCCUCCAGCUCCUGCUACAUGGAGGAGCAUGUGAGCCACGAGGCCGAUCACCUCAUCCGCAAGUUCCAGGAGCUGAUGGCGAAGACAGGGCGCUUUGACCCCUAUGAUCACCUGGUAUCAUCUGUGGCCAACGUCAUUGGGGCCAUGCUCUUUGGCCGGCGCUUCCCCAAGGAGAGCGAGGAGAUGCUGGACCUCGUGAGGAACAGCAGUAUUUUUGUGGAGUCAGCCUCGUCUGGCAACCCUGUGGAUUUCUUCCCCUUUCUGCGUUACCUGCCCAAUCCCGCCCUGCAGAAGUACAAGCAUUUCAACAACAGGUUCCUGGAGUUCCUGCAGAGAACGGUCCAGGAGCACUACCAGGACUUUGACAAGGACAGCAUCCAGGACAUCACGGGUGCCCUGUUCAAGCACUGCGAAAAGAGCGCCAAGGAGAAUGGUGGUCUCAUUCCACGGGAGAAGAUCACGAACUUGGUCAACGACAUCUUCGGAGCUGGGUUCGACACCAUCACCACAGCCCUCUCGUGGAGCAUCAUGCACCUGGUGACAAAGCCCCAGAUUCAGAAGAAGAUCCAGAAGGAGCUGGACACUGUGAUUGGCAGGGCCCGGAAGCCCCAGCUCUCUGACCGUCCCAAGCUGCCCUACCUGGAGGCCUUUAUCCUGGAGCUCUUUCGCCACUCCUCCUUCGUCCCCUUCACCAUCCCGCACAGCACCACCCGGGACACCACCCUGAAUGGCUUCCACAUUCCCAAGGGCAGCUGUGUCUUCAUCAACCAGUGGCAAAUCAACCAAGACCCGAAGGUAUGGGGAGAUCCAUCGGAGUUCCGGCCCGAGCGAUUCCUCACUGCCAAUGGCAUGGCCAUCAACAAGCCCCUGAGUGAGAAGGUCACGCUGUUUGGCAUGGGCAAGCGCAGGUGCAUCGGAGAGACCCUGGGCCGCUGGGAGGUCUUCCUCUUCCUGGCCAUGCUGCUGCAGCGGCUGGAGUUCAGUGUGCCGCCCGGCCUGCCCGUGGACCUGACCCCCAUCUACGGGCUGACCAUGAAGCACCCCCACUGCAAGCACGUGCAGGUGACCCUGCGCUUCUCCACCCAGUGA